AUGGCAGAUCAUCAGAAACUUAGGGUCCACCCUAUGGAGGGGGAAGCAGCAGCUCCCCCAACUACCCCAUUGGUACCGCCAGGCUCCUCAAGAUCAGAAAAGGGUAUCCCUUUACACCAUCCUCCACUUCUACGUUCUGUGCCAGCAGUAUACCCUAAACCACAGAAAAGAAGCUGCUGCUGCAAGUGCAUGUGUUGGACAAUAAGCUUGUUUUUCCUCCUCCUCCUUAUCUUGGCUGCAAGUGUUGGAAUCCUUUACCUAGUCUUCAAACCAAAACUUCCAGAUUACUCAGUUGACACCCUGAGGAUAAGUGAUCUGAGGCUUAACUUUGACAUGAGUCUGUAUGCAAAGUUUGAUGUGAAGAUCACAGCAAACAACCCAAACAAGAAGAUUGGCAUCUACUAUGAAAAGGGUGGAAAGUUAAGUGUGUGGUACACAAACACAAGGCUUUGUGAAGGAUCACUGCCCCAGUUCUACCAAGGUCAUCAGAACAAGACAGUGCUCAAUGUGUCCUUGAGUGGUCAAGUACAGUCUGGAAGCACCUUAAUGACAGCACUGCAGCAGCAACAGCAGACAGGACGCAUUCCGUUGGAUCUGAAGGUGCAUGCACCAAUAGCCAUCAAACUUGGGAGGUUGAAGCUGAUGAAGGUCAGAGUCUUGGGAGAAUGCAUGUUGGUGGUGGAUAGCUUAUCAUCUAAUAAUCUCAUAAGCAUCAAGGCUAGCAACUGCAGAUUCAGAAUGAAACUUUGA